UUUCCUCUGGCCCUGCUACCAUGCCCAUUCGGUCCACACUUCAUCGCAUCGCCAGAAUAUGCCGUUGCGAGUGUGUUUAUUUCGCCUCGCGCACUUGCACCAUCAGAAGCACCUGCACCAACACCGAGUUGGUUUUGCACUUAUCCACUAGCUGCCCCAGUGCGUAUAAAAGUAUGCCCAAUGCGUCCUGAUACUCCACAUGACUGCAUUCGUAAUCUCGUGUUGCCUUCUACAAGAAACGCGCAUCGCUCUAUGCGGAGUGAGAAACCUGGUGGGCUGGUGGUGGCACCUGGUAGUCGAUAUCGAGAUUGAGAAUCCUCAGUCUUUGACAGUUGCAUCAAUAUCGUAGUAUAAAAGAAAAUCUGCACGGGUUGUAGGCUGCGGAGCGGUGCCUAUCGACUUUGGCGCAUCGGGACGUAGAUUUGAAACAUGACAACUCUAUUGAGCGCUACGCCAUUUGUGCAAUCCAUUGGUUUGAGAAGUUGGGCUUUGGUUGGCGAGCUUCGAGGGCUCCAAGGUCAGAAGAGGCUACGAGUUUCCAGCGUUCAGAGCUCUGUUUCAGCGACUUCCGUGGGACAUGGAGCUGAUGACAGUGACAUCGCUGAUAGCCAAAACGUUCUUCAAUGUUUAAGAAGCCCUCUCCUGAAUAUCUCUCCCGCAGCCUGGAUUGCUACGUUUCGUGAGGUUCACGACGAAGCCCACCGGACCGCUGCAGCUCCAACAUAUAAUAAAGUCAAUCUCCCAUCAAAGUACGAGACGACUGAACUGCAUCGAGGGAACCGCCGCCGUUCGGAGAAGACUGUCAUUUUCACAGCAGAGAAAGCCAAGCGAUUGAGGAAGGAGAAUCGCGCCACGCAAACAUUCCACGACCAGUGGUACCACUCCGCCAUAGCUAGCAGGCUCGCGACCCCCGAACAGGAAUGCCUUCAAUUUCUAUUCCAUAGGUUUGUAUAUACAUUUACUAGGGCUCCGUCAGUUAGAAGAUCGACGGGCCGACGACAUUCACAGUAUGAUACACAUAUUUUAAGCACACCAUGCAUCAAUCGCUCCCGCAAUUAGAAGUUGCUAGAAAUAUUUUUUCGAGCAGGCAGAAAAUCUGAUGCUCUCAAAAUUAGCAACUCGUUGGGAGUCAUAUCAAGACUUCGGUAAUCAGAAACAGAAGUUGUAAUUUGUACUGGAUCAAUUGUGGAAAAUGCAGUACCUACGGAUCGAAGUUCGUUGGGUCUCUGCACCUUGUAAAACAGUGUCGUCAGACACAUUCGCAAUAUAUUCUUAUUACAACAUC